AUGCCACGAUCUGGAACAACACUUAUGCGGGCAAUGCUUGACGCACAUCCAGAUGUACGAUGUGGAGAGGAAACUCGAGUGAUACCACGAAUUCUUGGUCUUAACUCACAAUGGAGAAAAAGUGCUAAGGAAUGGAAUCGCCUACAAGAAGCCGGUGUUACAGAUGAAGUGCUUAAGAGUGCCGUAGCUUCAUUUAUUAUUCAGGUUAUAGCAGGUCAUGGUGCUCCAGCUCCACGAUUAUGUAACAAGGACCCGUUGACUAUGAAAUCUGCUGUAUUUUUGUCGGACAUGUUACCGAACGCUCGAUAUAUUUUCAUGAUAAGAGAUGGAAGAGCAACUGUGACCAUCACUGGGUUUGACCUUAGUGAUUACCGUCAGUGCAUGACAAAAUGGAACUCGAUUAUGGAAGUUAUGGAUGAGCAAUGCACGACAGUUGGUGAUAAGUGUUUGAAGGUGUACUAUGAGCAGCUUGUUUUGCAUCCUGAACCUCAAAUGCGACGAAUACUGGAUUUUUUAAAGCUUCCGUGGAAUGAAAGUGUACUACAUCAUGAGGAAUACAUAGGAAAAGAUGUCAAGCUCUCAAAAGUUGAAAGAAGCUCAGAUCAGGACGUCUUGGAGGAAGUGGACCAGUUAGCACCGAUGCUGAGAAAGCUUGGUUAUGAUACAAGCAGAAAUCCACCAAAUUACGGAAAACCAGAUGAGUUGGUUUCAAAGAAAACCGAAGACCUGCACAGGAAUCGUGAAGAGUGGUAUAAGAAAGCCGUGGAAGUCGUAAAUGAUCCGGAACGAGUCGAAAAACCACUUCCUUAUCCUAAUUGA